CGCCCGGGAGGCGGCGCGGCGGGGGCGCCCCGGCGGCAGGCCCGCCCCGCGCGGUGCCCGCCGUCACUGCCGCGGGCGCUCGGGCCGCCGGCGCCUCCCCCGCCGCGGCGGCGGCCUGAUGCGGCACCCGGCACCGCCCCGCCCGGCUUUUUCUCCCCUUCUCGCGGCGAGCCCUCCGCUCUGAUAUCUCCGGGGGCGAGGCGGGGGCGGUGACGCCCCGUGCCCGGAGCGCCGGCCAUGCGGGGCGCGGCCCCCGGCGGCCCGGCAGCGGGCGGCAGGCGCUGAGUGCGGGCGCGGCGAUGCCGAUGCCGGGGGACGACGGGGCCGCGGCGGCCAGGCAGCCCCCGUCCGGCGAGGCGGCGGCACCGCGGGACGAGGAGCAGCAGGAGGAGGAAGGCGAGGAGGAUCUUCGCGACGGCGGCGUCCCCUUCUUCGUCAACCGCGGCGGGCUGCCCGUGGAUGAGCCCACCUGGGAGCGGAUGUGGCGGCAUGUGGGCAGGAUCCACCCCGAGGGGGAGCGGGUGGCGCAGAGGAUCCGGGGCGCCGCCGACCUGCCCAAGAUUCCCAUACCAAGUGUGCCUGUGUUCCAGCCAUCCACCCCCAUCCCUGAGCGCCUGGAAGCUGUGCAGCGCUACAUCAGGGAGCUUCAGUACAAUCACACUGGGACACAAUUCUUUGAGAUUAAGAAGAGCAGACCUCUGACUGGGCUGAUGGACCUGGCCAAAGAAAUGACCAAAGAGGCCCUGCCAAUAAAAUGCCUGGAAGCUGUGAUCCUGGGAAUUUACCUCACCAACAACAUGACCACACUGGACCGUUUCCCCAUCAGCUUCAAAACGCACUUCUCAGGGAACUACUUCCGACACAUCGUGCUGGGGGUGAACUUUGGCGGCCGCUACGGGGCACUGGGCAUCAGCCGCCGCGAGGAGCUGAUGUACAAAGCACCUGUCUUCCGCACACUGAGCGAACUCAUCUUUGACUUCGAGGAGGCCUAUCGCCGCUGCUGGCACACGCUGAAAAAGGUGAAGCUGGGCCACUGCGUGUCCCAUGACCCACACAGUGUGGAGCAGAUUGAGUGGAAGCGCUCCAUCCUGGAUCUGGACAAGCUAACGCGGGAAGACUUUCGCAAAGAGCUCGAGAGACAUGCCCGUGAUAUGAGGCUGAAGAUUGGGAAAGGAACUGGACCGCCAUCUCCCACCAAGGACAGAAAGAAAGAUGUCUCCUCCCCACAAAGAGGUCAGGCCAGCCCCCAUCGGCGAAACAGCCGUGGGGACCGACGGCCAUCUGGUGAGAAGAAGCCUGCCGAUUCCAAAGCCAUGCCAGACCUCAAUGGGUACCAGAUCCGGGUAUGAAGAGAGCUGUGCCUUGGGUGCCUGCCUCCACGGACUUCUUGCUGGCCACAGUUGGGACCUGGAUCCACCUGCAGUGAUUCUGACAAAUGAAACAGGGGAGUGGGAGCAAAAGAGACUGCUGAUUUUCCCAGGUGCUUACUAGUGGGCCAGUCCCAGAGCUGGAUCCCAUGGGUCCCAGAGGAUUCGCCUGCCUGUUUCUGGGAGAGGUGACCAUCUUAAUUCACUUAAGUAUUUUUAAAAAAAAAAAAAGGGAAAAAAAGAAAAAAAUAUGUACGUUAGUGGGAGUUCACUUCAGGAAGAAUAUUAAGUGAGUGAGGUCAGUGGACUUGCUAUCUUUACCUUGACAGCAAGUAGAUGGAGCAUCUUGUCAACAGUACUUCUUCCCUGUGUGCAGUUUUCAACCCCUGCAAGGCCUGCAGGGCUGAGGGAGAAGUGAUGCUGGAACAGGAUGGCCCCUGAAUCUUGUACAAAAACUCCUGGUUUUGUCAUUAUGAACACUUUGUUUAUCAUUGCUCUUGUGAGAGUAGGUCUGAAUUUGCUCAGCCUGAUUUAUUGACCAUACAAAGUCUUCUUAUCCAGAAAAAACACAUCUUGUAUGUUUAGUCCUGCCUAUUUCAAAGUAUUUCAUUGUCUCUGAGGGGUAGACAGUGGAAUGCUAGUGAACUGUUGCUGUAGGCCCUUUGGUGGUUGAGUGGAUCAGGAUAUGCCUAUACCACUGCUACAUGAAAACAGGCUUAGAGAGCUCAAUUGUUCUAGCAAUGGAGAUGGGGCAAGUGGGGGCUGGUGGAGAACCUGAACUUCACAUCAUCUGUUCAUCAGCCUUCUCUCUACUAACUUCUGGUGGCUGCUACUCAGAAAGCUUGUGGCAGACACUUCAGUCACUGAGGUACGAGUUUUAAGAGUAAAAAGUUAAAGAAGGAUGUAAUGAUGUGAACAGGUUUUACAACCAUUUUUUCCUUUCCACAAGGCUCUUGCUCCUUCCUCCCUGUUGUGUUAGUGCCAGAGUUGCAUACACCUGUUUGUGAGAAGGUCUACUCAAGGAAAUUGCAGCUGCUUUCCUGCCAGCUCACCUUGGAGCCUCCUGAAAGCAGUUUCCCACCCCAGUGCCAGAGCUGUGCUUGUGUUCCGGCUCUUUGGAUAGCUGCAGUAUGCAAUAGCACCACUUAUAGUAACCUUUCCCAAAGGGCUGGGCUGGGCCUUUCUGCCACUUGUGGCCUUACUUCCUAUGCUUCUUUUGGGGGAGUGUUGUACUACUGAUUCAGCAGUGUAAUGCUUGUCAGAAAUCUGGAGUAUUGUCAGGAUCUCUCUGUCUGAGGCCUAGGCCACGGGAACAGUGGGAUUUCCAGAAGUCAGAACAGCAUGGUCUUAAAGUGAUUUGGAUGCAUGGAUCUGGGGGAUGCAUAAACUGAGCUUGGGAGUGGGAGUAUCCUGGAGAGAAACAGUCUUGUUUUAUCACAGCACUGACAAGGAGCUACACUUUCUGAAAUACCACAUAUUUAAUUUUGUUAGAUCUGAGUUUAUUCUUUCCUUUGUUUGUUAGAAACAUGAUCGAGCUUAGCUCUACUAGUUUUUUUGUUACAGUAUUCCUGUGCCACAUCCUCAUAAUAAGUAGAGCUAUUUUGGUGGCAGAGAAUGGAUUCUUAACCCCAAACAAAUCAGCUCUUCUGCCUAGUUAAAGCAGUUAAUCCUCGAAGCACCACCCACAAGCGAUUUAACUCAGACCUUACAGGUUCCUAAUUGUCCAUCCUUAACUGUGAUGUAACUUGCAAGACGUAUCCAUACCACUGCAGUCAGUCCUUCCAAGCUCCCUUUGUAGUCUGUACUUUUGUGCUGUACAACCAAGAGGAAAAUCUGUAAGAAGGAGGCAGAACUUGCUGCUGAGCCAAGAGAAGGUUAAUCCAGAAGAGGAUGCCAGUUUCCACAGUACAGUGCAACACCGGUCCACUCCCUUUUAUUCCAGCUACAUGCAACAACUGAAGUUAACUGCAGCAGGAGCCAAGCACCCAUUUGAACGUGUCCUCUGGUCAUUUUUGUGUGGCUGUAAAUUAACAUGUUUAGUGUCUGGAUGCUAACAAUGAUGCAGCCUUUACAGCUAACAUCAUUGUUAGCAUCCAGACACUGAAUAUGUCAAAAGCUACCUGUAAAUAACAUGGGCCACUUGGAAGCCACAAACUGCCUUUGCAUAAUGUUUACUAUGCAGCGGACUGAAAGUUCAGAUGCCACUGUGAAUCAUAUGAUAAAUACAAGCAGCAGUCAGCAAGGGGAAACUGACUGUCAGGUUUUGUUAUAAAGUGGAUGAAAUCCAGAAUUUAAAGACAAUUAUAAAAGAUGCCUAGAAUGCAUCUUAACUAUGACUUUGUUUCUUCAAUUGGUUAGUUAAUUCAGAAUAACUGGAGAGCUCUUGAGAGUAACUAGUCGUUUAAUACAGAGAACAUUGAGCUUUUUUAGACAGGGGAAAUGUGGGGGUGAGAGGAAGACUGCAACAGAUGAGACAAGUGAGGGGUCAGCUGCAAGUUAAUGAUGCUUUCUUGAGAGCAGGGCAACAGGGGUGUUCAGCAGCAUUAGAUCACCAAGGCAGAAUGGCUUAAAACAAAAUGCUUUGUUUGACUUUGUAAUUAAGAGCUUUCCUGCAGGAUGUAACUGAGGCCAAUAGCUUAGAAAAAGCUAUUAGCUUAGAAAAAGCAAAGGAAAUGGAUGUUUAAGAUAUGAAUGACAGGUAGAGUUCAAGGUCUCUUAAUCCUCAGCUGCAGCUAGACAAGAACAUCCUCUUUCAAGAUCUAGUUGCACAAUUAUAUAUGUUACGAAGUAUUUCAUUCUUUGCUUGUAUCUAAUGUUGAUUAACUUCUCAAGAUGGAUACAGGAGCAGACAGGGUUACUAUUUCAGGCCUUUUACUGUGUUUCUCUGUGUAGAAUUCCUGCUCCUUACUGUUUCUGUAUCUCCAGCUCAGGAAAUGGUACAAGAAACUGGAAAAGGACCAUAGAGUUCUCCCCUUCUUGCUCUUGCUCCCCCCAUCUUUGUAACAGGAUGAAUCACUUCAAUACAAAGCUUUGCUUCCUUCCUAACAAACCAAACUACAUCCUUCCAUGACAGAGAGAAUUAAUGCAAUCUAGCUUUAUGCUGUAAGGAAGCUGAGGGUACAGUGCAAGACAAAGUUUGGCACUUCGACUUCUUUCCUCCCCCACCUACUUGGUCUGGUUUCUGGUCUGUCUGCCUUUAACCAUAAGGAAGAAAGGCUGGUGAUGAGAGUCUUUUUCACUUCUGCAGGCUUUAGAGCUACACAGAAGGAAUGAUAAUGUAAGUCAUACUCCUUUAGUGCCUGCAGAACAAGGAAGAUGGAUCUCAAGGAGUCCUAUUAAUUUUUUAAUGUUAAAUAUUAAUAGAGUCGCUCAUAUAGCUCUGUGAUCUAAAUUUCACUGUUCAGUAGGUUUCACAUGAUAUCUGUUCUGCAGUACAAGUCCUGUGAACUCUGUGGAAAGGAACUGUGUUUGUACACUAGGAAUGGAUAGACACUGCCUGCAUUGUAUGUGAAGCUGAGGUGAGCUUUGAAAGACUUCAACAAAUGCUGACCUAUUACUGGCAAAACUAUUCUAAAUGUAAUGCAAACCUUGAAAUAAGAGCCCCUCUUUAUGCUUUUAUGUAGACAAGUCCCUUGAUACCUGGCCAACUGCAAUUUUUUUAAUGGACAGAUUCAUUAAUUGAGCAAAACUUUCUGCUACAGCAUCACUCUGAUACAAACUUUGUAUAUUAAAGAGCAGGGUUGGGUGUCCAUCAGUCUGUGACAUACUAACUUUUCUUUUUUUUUACUGGUAGAAGCUAAAGGAGUCUUUAGGAAAUUGGUGUGUGUUAGCAAGUGUUUUAGGUGGGAGUGGAGUGCUUUUUUUUCAGUUACUAUUUUACCUAUGGGCCAGGGUAUGGGUCAGUACCGUUUCCUUGGAUCUAUCAGAAUAAAUGAAUCCAGAACUGUAGUUGAAACAGUUUCUGUUCACAUAAUAGUUGUGUUGCUGUUUUCAAAUCUGCUUAACAGGAUGAAUUUUAAGUAUUUCAGGUGAAAGCCUUAAUCAGGUGCCUGCCCCCUAAGGCAGAUUCAUGUGUGGUGUGGUGUGGUGUGGUAUAGACUGGAAUAUGACUGUCCUUAAAAUUUCAGAGUUUAAGAAACCAUAAUGAACAGAAGAAAGCUCCUGUUAGCCAAAGGGCAAGAGUCUGGAUUAGACUGGCUUGACCUUGCUCCAGUGGCUCUGGCUAGUCACUUCAGGUGGUUGCUCUAGCUACCUGCUUCUUCUGAGUGAAGUAUUUCAAGUGGUCCUGAUGAUCAAACUGUAGGUAUAGGCAGGGGGUGUCCCAGGUGUAUUGUGUGUGCAAGUCUGGCUGAAAUAACACCACACAUCCCAGUGGCCUUGCACUGUAGUCCUGACAACAUUUAGACCUGCAUUAUGGAUUUAUCACUUUACUUAACAAAGCAAGUGCUAUUCUGGCUUGAUGUUUACUCUCCCAGAGAAAGGUGGAGAUGGCCCCUCUACAGCCAAGCUGAACUCCUUAAGGAAUUUAAUAUUUUUGUGUGUCUUCUGAGCAGGUGUUUACUUGUAUCACAGCCACUCUCCUUCAGUGGUGCCCCAGCCCUUUCUGCUCCAGAGCAACGCAGUUUAGGCUCAGAAGGCUCCUGAAUCCCCCAUAAUCUCUGCAGAGCAGAGUUUCCCUCCAGGUCAGGGUUGAGAUGGUGCUAGUGGGACCAGAGCGGUCCCCUUCCAUGCACACCAGUAUUCCACUCCAGCACCGAUAGGGUGCUGCAAAACCAUUUACAUCUUUAUCACUGGUACAGCUCAGAACUAAGAAAUUGAAAGUUUCUUUCUUUAAGAACAGUAUCAUGUGUGUCUUUUUGUAAUUAAUCAGUGUGGUUCUGUGUUCUUAUGUAGCCAACACAGAAUUUUUAUUUAGAUUUAGGUUUUUACUGCACUUCCCAUGGCCUUCAUGUUGAUACUUCUUCCAGCUUCCUUUGACACUUAGACAAUAAAAUUCCCUCUGUACUGCUCUCAGCUUGUGCAGAGAAAACAA